AUGGAAGAAUCAAACAUCAUGCAACAGAACAACGUUACUGCUUCUCCAACACCGACAACAACAUCGUACAUAGGUGUUCGAAAGAGAAAAUGGGGAAAAUUCGUAUCAGAAAUAAGAGAGCCAGGUAAGAAAACCAGAAUAUGGCUAGGAAGCUUUGAAGAACCACAAAUGGCAGCAGCAGCAUAUGACGUAGCAGCUUUUCAUCUGAAAGGUCGAUCCGCGAGGCUCAAUUUUCCUGAGUUGGUUGAGAAACUUCCAAUGCCAGCGAGUUCUAAAGGUGAGGAUAUUCGUGUAGCAGCUCAACAAGCAGCAUUGCAGUUCAAGAAGAGACCAAUAUCUGAAGGGGGUGUGAAUAGCAAUGGAAACGGUAAUGGAAGUGUUGAUGUUCCUGCAGUGAGGGUAGGGCUUUCACCUUCUCAAAUUCAAGCUAUCAAUGAGUGUCCUAUGGAUUCACCAAAUAUGUGGAUGCAAAGGACAGAAGCAGCACUCAUGUUUGGAUCAUUGGAAUUUGAUGAAUCUAGGAAUUAUGAUGUUUUUGAGUUGAGUGAUUGGGAAGAAAUUCAGUAUGAGUCAUUGUGGGACUAG